AUUUAUGGUAGUCCAUUUUUCUUGCUAUUUCAUCUCAGUAUCUCGCACCCUUUUCCAUGCAAACUAACAGUCACAGUGUCAUACUCACACUCAAAAUUUUUUUUGGGAGAGGUAACAGCUUUGAUUUAAUUUUCCUUUGCAGCCUUCAUAGCUGACACAAAAAUGAGAAUCUUAUAGUCACCUUUACAUUCUUCGCCUUUGCCACCAACACCACCAUCAAGAAAGCUUAAAUAGGGAAAGAGAAACUUGCCUUUUCAGUUGGCUCUUAAUCCACAGCUUUUGCAAUUCCAUUAGUGUCUAAAUGGCAUACAUGUCUCUUCUUGUUGUUUGGUUCAUUAUGAUUGGUGGUGAAAUGAUGUCAAUGGGAAGUGGUUUACAUAGGGGGCACAUGAUAAUGGAAGAGGAGGAACUGUUGGGAUUGUUUGAAGUGAUGGAUGCUCUUCUGGAAGACCCUGACUGGGCACAAGCACAUCCACAGCCAUGCACAGAUACUCCAUGGCCAGGUGUUGAGUGUGAAGUUAGCAAUAACCCACCAAUCUUUCAUGUCACAAAAAUCCACAUUGGUCCUGAUAUAGUUUCCCCACCUUGCAAACCCUCAGCUUAUGUGUCACAGUCCUUGACAAAACUCAAGUAUAUAAAAACCCUUUCAAUUUUUAACUGUUUUGUUGCUUCACCAGUCACUCUUACCAAAACUCUCUUUGGUCCUUUCUCUUCCCUGGAAAACCUUGCUUUGGAGAAUAAUCCAUCUCUCUUCGGAGAAAUUCCUACAAGUUUGGGAGAUGUUGCCAGUCUUAGGGUCCUUAGCCUGUCCCAGAACAGUUUACAGGGAAAAAUCCCAAGCCAGGUUGGUGGUUUGGUUAGCCUAGAGCAACUUGACCUUAGUUACAACAACAUAAGUGGUCAAAUCCCAAAGGAAAUUGGAGGCCUGAAAAGCAUGACCAUAUUGGACCUUAGUUGCAAUGCAAUUGAAGGGGUUCUGCCUUAUUCUCUUGGACAACUUCAGCUUCUCCAAAAGAUGGAUUUGCAUUCCAACAUGCUUAGUGGAAGCAUUCCUCCUGAUAUAGGAAAUCUCAAGAGGUUAGUCUUGCUUGAUUUGAGUCAUAAUUUUAUUGAGGGGCCCAUUAAUGAGAGUUUGUCAAGUUUAAAGCUUUUAGAAUAUUUACUCAUGGAUGACAACCCUAUUAAAAGAGGAAUACCCCAGUUUAUAGGGAAGCUUAGAAGGCUCAAAUCAGUUAGCUUAUCAGGGUGUGGAUUAACUGGUCCUAUACCCUACUCUUUCUCUUCCUUGAAAAACCUUACAGCACUUUCCUUAGGUAACAAUAGCCUCAGUGGUCAAGUUCCUCCAAAUUUGGGGUCACUCCCAAACCUAGAUCAACUGAAUAUCAGCCACAACAAGCUGAGUGGGGUCCUACAGCUCCCUGGUGACUUCAUUAAGAAGUUAGGUAAAAGAUUGGACUUAAGAGGAAACAGUGAGCUCUGUAUCGGUGAUCAGCCAAACAAGAACCUCUCUUCAUACUUGGAAAUCCCUUCUUGUUUGAACAUGCGACAGAGAACUGAUAACUAUGUUGCUGGUGGCCCACUUGAAGACCUUUCAGGAAUAAAGCCAUCUUGGUAUGAUAGCAACUCAAGUUCAUGUUCAUCAUGGCCAAGUUAUCUACUAGUCACCUUAUUUACCUUGGUUUUAUCGUUCAUAAAUCUCAUUUUGUAAUUAACACUAGACAUUGGUUUUAUAUAAAUGUUUCACUCCUGCCUCCUGAAUCUUAUUAUAAAGGUAUUUACAUUUACUUGUUGGAAACGUGCAUGGAAGUUAUUGAUAUAAGGUCGCAUGCAUUGCAAUGUUUGGUGGCUUCAAUAAUAGAUAGGAUUGCAUGCACUAUGGCAAGGGUGAAAAGAAAAAGAAAAAAGAAACAGAUUUGGGCCUUGAGAUUUGAUUUUGUUUUAUCAUUUAUGUGAAAAGCUGGGUCACAAAUGUGAAGUGUGAAGGCUUUUCAGCGAGUGUUGUUGUCUAAAGCAGCCUUUAGCAAAAGUGUCGUUGCUGACAUUAAUGACCAUGCUCUGGUCACUGUCACCAUGAAAAAGAUUCCCACCUCAGCACUUGUUUUGAUGGGUUGGGAGAGACAGAGAAUCUUAUGAGAAUUUCUCAAUCUUUUUUACCUGUAACUUGCAA